GGUUGGUGAAACAGCUCGCUCCAUUGCAGAACAGAAACUGGCUUGCAAUCAGACAUGCAGCUGGACAAGUUUCUUGCCCGGUUGAAGUCUGUGGCUUGUGGGCUCCUGCUUCUCUUCAUCUGUGGCCAGGCCCAGGACUCUGCCAGCCCCAUCCGGACCACAAACACAGGGCAGGUGCGGGGCAGCCUUGUCCACGUGGAGGGCACCGAUGCGAGGGUCCACACCUUCCUGGGAAUACCCUUCGCCAAGCCACCUCUAGGACCUUUGCGGUUUGCACCCCCUGAAGCCCCUGAGCCCUGGAGCGGUGUGAGGGAUGCAACCUCCCACCCUGCUAUGUGUCUGCAAGAUGAUCACUUUAGUUCAGAGGGUCUGAGGCCGUUUAAUAUGACCAUGCCUUCUAUCCUGAUACCUAUGUCUGAAGAUUGCCUGUAUCUCAACAUCUACACACCUGAACAUGUCUAUGAGGGAUCUAGCCUGCCUGUGAUGGUAUGGAUCCAUGGUGGUGCGCUGGUUGUAGGCAUGGCUUCCCUGUAUGAUGGAUCCAUUCUGGCAGCUUCUGAGAACGUGGUGGUGGUCAUCAUCCAGUACCGCCUAGGUGUCCUGGGCUUCUUCAGCACUGGAGACCAACAUGCCACUGGCAACUGGGGCUACCUGGACCAAGUGGCUGCCCUGCACUGGGUACAGCAGAAUAUUGCUCACUUUGGAGGCAACCCUGACCGUGUCACCAUAUUUGGCGAGUCAGCAGGUGGCACAAGUGUGUCCUCACAUGUCUUGUCUCCCAUGUCCCAAGGACUCUUCCAUGGUGCCAUCAUGGAGAGUGGGGUAGCCCUACUGCCUGAUCUCAUCUCCAGCUCACAUGAGGCCAUCUCCACAGUGGUGGCCAACAUGUCUGGAUGUGGGAAUAUUGACUCAGAGGCCAUGGUGAGAUGCCUCCGUGGCAAGAGUGAAGAGGAGAUUGUGGCUAUUACGAAGUCCUUGAAAAUCAUCCCUGCUGUAGUGGAUGGGGCCUUCCUGCCUAGGCACCCCCAGGAGCUGCUGGCCUCUGCUGACUUUCAACCUGUCCCCAGCAUCAUUGGUGUCAAUAAUAAUGAGUAUGGCUGGAUCAUCCCCAUGAUAUUUGGCUCUGCUGACAAUCAGAAGAAAAUGAACAGAGAGACUCUGCGGGGUGUUCUGCAAAGCAUGGCAGCACAGUUGAUGUUGCCUGCUGAGUUUGAUGACCUGUUGAUGGAAGAGUACAUGGGAGACAAUGAGGACCCGCAGGUCCUCCAACUCCAGUUCCAUGAGAUAAUGGCAGACUCUAUGUUCGUGAUUCCUGCCCUCAAAGUAGCACAUUUUCAUCGUUCCCAUGGCACUGUCUACUUCUAUGAAUUCCAGCAUCCUCCCAAUUUCCUCAAAAACAUCAGGCCACCCCAUGUGAAGGCUGACCAUUCUGAUGAGGUGCACUUUGUCUUUGGAAACUUCCUGUGGGGCACGAAAGCUCCCUUCACUGAGGAAGAGAAGCUACUAAAUAGGAGGAUGAUGAAGUAUUGGGCCAACUUUGCACGAAAUGGGAACCCCAAUGGUGAGGGCCUGCCCCACUGGCCUGCACUGGACGAUGAGGAGCUGCACCUGCAGCUGGACACUGAGCCUACUGUGGGCCAUGCCCUGAAGGCCUCCAGGCUGAAGUUCUGGAUGGAGACCCUGCCCCAGAAGAUCCAGGAGCUAAAGGGGGCUGAGGAGAAGCACACAGAGCUAUAG